AUGGUCAAAUAUUUUAGGAUAUAUGUCUGUAAGAGGUUUUAGCCACUGUUUAUGUCCUGUUUUUUCAUUUCUUUUCUACCCAGAAACGGGGUUUUGUCUUCUCCUCUCCAUUUUUCACCCACAGAUAUACGAAUUUCAUUUCGGAUUUUGAUCUCUCAAUUAAUUCUUCGGGAAUUGGAUUCUUGAUUUCAUGGAUCUCUUCCGUUUCCCCACUGAAUUCCGGAUCCCCCCUUUGAAAUUCGUGUAAUUUGGCAACAUCAUUAUUCUUCUUCUUCUCGUCGAAUAAUUUGAAAUCUGAGCUCGAAUUUGGAUCUUGUUUUGAAAUAAGAUCAUUCUUCCACAGUGAAAGUGGCGAAUCUCUGCGCGUUUGAUGAGUUUGUAUGGCAAUGAAUGCCUAAGACAUGGUGAUGAAGAAGAGAUUGGAUAAUGGAUUCAGUGGCUUUUCGGACUGGACCGUGCCGAGAGGUCCGAGAUCUCUUAGAAAGAGGGUUCAUCGGAAGGAAGAUUUCGAAGAUGGCCAGAUCUGUGCAAUUGAAUUGCUGGCUUCUUUAGCAGGGAAGCUUCUGCAGGAUGGCGAAAGCACGGCUUGUAGUAACACGUCUGAUGGGGAUCACUCGGUGAUUGGAACGAAUGUUGUCAAGGAAGAACGAUCGAGCGAAGAGAAAGCUUUCAAGGUGGAAUGCUGUGAUGGUGGUAGCUGCGAAAGUUGUGAUCUUGUCUUAGGAAAGACUGAUCAGAAGCAAAAUUUGAAGAAACCCCAAUAUGUAGAUAAUAAUACUGUUUUCGAUUGUACUUCAGUAGUCGUAAAUUCUAACUGCUCGGACGAGGCCUGUGGCGAUGUUAAGCAUGUGAUUUGCAAGGCGGAGUUUGGAGAUUACGGUGCGAAACCGGAGGAAGGCUCCCCUGAUUUUCAAGAAUCAACUGACACUGGUAUGAAGACUGUAAAUGAAGAACAACACGAGGCUAAGGGAUUUGGAAUUGGAUUUCCAAACAUGGCUGAUUCACACAAUUCUAAGGGCUUUAAAAAAUCCUAUGGGAAAUCAUCAACUAUGGCCAAUUCGAGCUUCAAAACUAAAUCGCCAUUGUCGACCGAUGCAAUUCGUAGUUCUUUUUCCAGAUAUAGGAAUUACUUUUUAGCAAGUAGAGAUGAUGAUGAAAAAUUUAGGUUCAAUAAAUCUAGCAUUCACUCAAACUCGUUUAGGCCUCCAUCGCGAAUUGCAGGUCGACGAAUAAGGAAAUUACUGAAUUCGAAACACUGGAAAGCAGCUCCAAAACUGAAGGACUGUGAGGUUCCUAGAUCUGAAUCUAUUGAUGAGGAAACAAGAAACCCAUUUCGCAAGAGGAAGUUGUAUUUCCAAGGUGAUAGACUUUGUAAACGUAGGCGAUUUUUCGACCGAAGCUCCAUGGUGAAUUCUGAUGGAGGGAUGAGCAGUGAAAGCGUUACCAACUCUCCCGAGAAGAUCAUCCAUGUCGAUAAGACUGGCUUAGCUGCAGUAUUGCAUGGAGCAAGUAUGGCAACAUCAGGCCAACAAGCAUCCUUCCCCUCCAAAGAUGCUCAUGUGAAAUUUAGCAUUAGAUCAUUCAAGGUACCAGAGUUAUUCAUUGAUGUGCCCGAAGAUGCUACGGUUGGUUCCCUGAAGAAGAUAGUACUUGAGGCAGUAACCGCUAUUCUCAAGGGCGGAUUACGCGUCGGGGUUCUCGUUCACGGGAAGAAGGUUAGAGAUGACAACAGAACCCUAUUGCAGACCGGGCUUUCUUGUAAAGAUAAUUUGGAUACUGUUGGUUUCUCGUUGGAGCCAAAUCUUGUGCAUAAUACAACUAUACCUUUGUGUUCCGACGAUCCUCCUUCGAUGUUAGAACAUGACACGUCCGAACUCCUACCCAGCUCGCCUGUAAAUCCUGUUUCGAGCUUGGAAAUACGUGAUGUCGCCUUACCUAACACUACGUUGACCAACUCCCGAAACCAAGAUGAAAAUAAACACGAACUGAUUACAACAAGCAUUGACAAGUUACCUGACGAUUCUUUACAAGAUUGCAAAGCUUUAGUUCCUGUUCCAGAGAUGACUAUGGAGCCACUAGCUGUAGUUCCCUUGAAUCCAAAAUCUAAGCGUUCCGAAGUUGUACAGCGUCGAACAAGGAGACCCUUCUCUGUUUCAGAAGUAGAGGCACUAGUUCAGGCCGUUGAGGAGCUAGGAACUGGAAGGUGGCGGGACGUUAAGUUCCGUGCAUUUGAAAAUGCAGAUCACCGAACUUACGUGGAUUUAAAGGACAAAUGGAAAACAUUGGUUCAUACGGCGAGAAUAUCGCCUCAGCAGAGAAGGGGCGAGCCUGUUCCCCAAGAACUUCUGGACCGGGUGCUGGCAGCACACGCUUAUUGGUCGCAACAUCAGGCAAAGCAACACAGUGGCAAGCAUCAUCAAGCUGGAGUUGUGAAGGCCAUUGAGGGCUCCAGCAGUUAGGCUUGUCAUCUUAAAGAAGACACCCACAUCAUAUGUAAAAAGGAAUAGGUAAAAUUGACACUUUGCUGUAAUCAAAUCAAGAAAGACAAACUGUAAGCAUUUCAAAUUGCUGUAUUCUCACACUUCGAUUCGUUGUUUAGUUUCCCAUUGGGAAGAGUUGUCAUUUGUAAAUAUGAUUCUUGUAAUAAUGAAAUUCUAACAGAAUUCUUUCUGUCUGUAGACAUUCAAUGUAUUCGGUUUUAUUGCAGUCAAAUCAAUGUCAUGAAACUCAACUGUAAAUCUUUGCUGGGUAAUAUUUUGACCCAAGUUAUUUUUUCUA